GGUGCCGCGCAGGACGGGGCGGCGCCUCCCCGGGAAAGCGCGCACUCGAUACCCUCUCGUGCCAUCCCAUGCCGGAUUGGGAAGGAGGGGAGCGGAUCGAGCCCUGGGGAUUUCUGCAGAGUGCAGCCGGCACCGCUGAGGCCUGAGCGUUGUUACUGACAGCUGAUGGUAACGUGCUAACAUGGAGGAGACCGGACACAACAGUGACGUGCAGCUCAAUAAUGUGUACUCUAAUGUGGAACCCAGCCGUUCUGACUCGUACAGUCACGGAACGUUCAGUGGAUCGACAGUGACUUUCAACAAUAUCUGCUACCAAGUGAAAGUCAAGACGGGCUUUCCAUGCAAACGGCAAACUGUUGUGCGGGAAAUUCUCAAUAAUAUCAAUGGCAUCAUGAGACCUGGUAUGAAUGCUAUUAUGGGUCCCACUGGUAGUGGCAAGUCAUCCUUACUGGAUAUCUUGGCUGCCAGGAAAGAACCUACUGGUUUGAAAGGACAAGUGCUGGUAGAUGGUGCUCCACAGCCUGCUGACUUUAAAUGUAUCUCCGGUUAUGUUGUGCAGGAUGAUGUGGUGAUGGGAACACUGACGGUGAGAGAGAAUUUGCAAUUUUCAGCUGCUCUGCGUUUAUCGACUAGUAUUCGCAAUAAAGAAAAGAAUGAAAGGAUUAACCAGGUCAUUAAAGAGCUGGGACUGUCCAAAGUAGCAGACACCAAGGUCGGAACUCCAUUUAUUCGGGGAGUGUCUGGUGGAGAAAGAAAGAGGACAAACAUUGGAAUGGAGUUGAUUAUUGAUCCAUCCGUCUUGUUUUUGGACGAACCCACCACUGGAUUGGACGCCAGCACAGCUCUUGCUGUGCUACGCUUGCUACAAAGGAUGUCAAAGAAAGGUAGAACUAUUAUCUUCUCAAUACAUCAGCCGAGGUAUGCAAUCUUUAAGCUGUUCAGCAGUUUGACUCUUCUGGCCAAUGGCAGACUGGUUUACCACGGCCCAUCCAAUAAGGCACUGGACUAUUUUUCUUCAGUUGGGUACAAUUGUGAGUCAUUUAACAACCCUGCUGAUUUUUUUCUGGACAUCAUCAAUGGAGACUCAACUGCCGUGAGCGCACAACCUCUUACAGAAGUUGAUCCAGAAAAGGCUCCUGAUGAAUCUGAUUUAAGCAAGGAAAUUUCCAUAGCAGAGAACUUGGAAGAAGAAUUUUCCAAAUCCAACUACUACACAGAGAUGAUGUCUGAAUUAAAAAAGGCUGCUGGGGAAGAAAUUGCAAACUCGACUUCAGUUUCGAGAAAGAUCACCUAUGCAACUUCAUUCUUUCAUCAAUUCAAAUGGGUGGCUAGACGAUCGUACAAAAAUCUCUUGAGGAACCCCCAGGCCUCUGUUGCUCAGGUAAUGGUUUCAGCUGUACUUGGACUGAUGGUUGGAGCCAUAUUCUUUGGAGUGGAAAAUAACCUGUCAGGAGUUCAAAACAGAGUGGGUUCAAUGUUCUUCCUGACCACUAACCUGUGUUUUACCAGCAUCUCUGUAAUUGAAUUAUUUGUCAUAGAAAAGAAGAUUUUCAUCCACGAGUAUAUCAGUGGAUACUACAUGAUAAUAUCCUACUUCUUUGCAAAGUUAUUUGUUGAUCUGAUACCCAUGAGAGCAGUACCAUCCAUCGUAUUUACAGUCAUCACCUACUUCAUGAUAGGCUUCAAGUUGGAUCCUGGCGCCUUUUUCUUCGCAUUGCUGACAUUAGUCCAAGUCUCCAUCACAGCCACAUCUCUGGGAUUGGCCGUAGCAACUGGGCAAAGUAUCAUUGGCAUUGCAAAUCUCAUUAUUAGUGUAAUAUUUGUCGUCAUGAUCAUAUUCUCCGGCCUCUUAGUAAAUCUGCCAAGCGUUGUAAGUUGGUUAUCCUGGCUGCACUAUUUAAGUAUCCCUUAUUAUGGCUUCACAGCUCUGGAGAUAAAUGAAUUUGUUGGUCUGAUCUUCUGUAAUGAUUCUGAAUUGCUUUCUGCUUCAAAUACUGGAAGUGUAUCUCCUGAAGUAAUAUGUACUGGAGAGCAAUAUCUUGAGAGACAAGGAGUUGAAGCAACUAAUUGGGCCUUGUGGAAAAAUAAUCUGGCAAUGGCAUUGAUGAUGACCAUUUUGUUUACAAUUGCUUACUUAAAACUUCGAUUUAUGAAGAAAUUUUCAUAGUGUUAUUGUACAAGAAGGUGAUGUUACAUUCCAUGAUUCAUACCAUGGAUGUUUUCUAAAUUGUGUUGUUCAGACAGUGUCACUGAUUCUACAUUUUCUGUAUUCUGGUGAAUGAUUUGUUACUCUACAUUAACUGAGAAAAUUCCAUUUAACAGUCUGUGCAUAGUUUUGUACUUAUCACAAACUUUGCUACUCAGAAGCUUCAUGCUACCUCAAUCAAGAAUAAAGAAAUGUUUAUUAGUUCUUCAAAAAAAUUGCCUUUAUCUGAAACUGGACUCCACUGCUGGACAUAUUCCCAGAGUUUCCAUGAAAUGAUGACCAACUUACAAUUUGCCACCUGAUCAUCUCAUCUGGCGAUGCAUUUACUCCAUUCAGCCAAUCCAAAAUCAGUCACAUGAAAACUGAAAAUGCGGGAAACAAUGGUCCACAGCAUCUGUGGAGAGAGACAGAAACUGAGUUACUAUUUCAAGACAGUGAUCAGGCCUGAACUCCUGAGUGUCUCCAUCAAUUUCUGUUCUUGUUUCAGGUUUCCUCCUUUUUUUUUAUUAUUCUUUUCAUUAUUAAUGCAAAUAGAAACAGGAGUAAACUAUAUGACCCAAUGAGCCUAUUAUGUCAUUGACUGAUCCUCUACUAUGCCUGCAUUCCUGCUUGAUUGUUGCAUCCUUCAAUCCCCUAAAUGUCUAAAAAUCUGUUGACUUGUUUAUCAAUAGUUACAGCCUCUGGAGUUGCAAAUCCCAACAAUUUAUAGUCUUCUGCAGAAACAAUUUUCUCUGUGUCACCUACUGUAGUUCUAUGGUUUUCAGCUACUUUCUCAGAAUCUACCCAGUCAGACAAUACCUACCACUCCACCCCCCCCCCCCGUAUAUUUUGUUUUCCUUCUCGCUUUUCUGAGCUCCAGAAUCUAUGCCCAUUUUACUUAAUUCAUUUGUAAGGUAAACCCCUCAUCCCAGAUCUCAAUCUAACAAAAUCUGUUCUGCCCACCCUCCAUGGUAGGUUUAUCUAAGCUUCCUAUUACACGGGAUUGUCAGACCUGUAAAAUAAUAAACCUGUAAAAUGAACAAUGCUGUUCACCCCAAUGUUGAUAUUUAAUUGUGAGUAAAAAUGCUGUUUUCUUUCUUGGGUACUUUGAAAUUUAAGCUGUUGUAUCUGAAAAUGAAGAACCAUGAUGAAGAGGACAGAAGUUCAAUAAUGUGUUUUAUACGAUUCUUUGAAAUUAUAUAGCUAAUUAUUUUAAUAAAGUGGUUUUCUUUGAA